GAAGAACUUGGUGUUCAUUCUAUCGUUCAGCUAAGACCGCGAAAGCUUUUGUCUUCUUCAACUUGCCAUCCUCUGCACAAUAAGGUUUGAACUUCUGCUCUAAGUUUCUCUAUCAAGACUCUCUAGUUACCAGUCUACUCGUUCCUAGUUAGGGUUUUGUUUCUCCAGUCAAAAUUCCCCUUCGAUCAAUACCGGUGCAGACGUUUUACAUUUAUGGUGGCAUGUGCUUCUCAUGUUUUAAAUAAGAUGAAUUUCUAAUUGCACGAAACUCAAGAUAUUACUGGCAUCCCAGUGCUACUUGCGCUAUACUAGAGGAGUUUAUUUCAUGCUUAUCUGACUAAAUAGUCUGUUCAUUGAAGAAUCAGAAGUUUCAGUCCCAAAUGGAUCUCUAAGUUGGUACUGGCGUGUGUGGAAUUUAGAAAGUGGAGCAAGCCACUUUGAGAGUUUAAAGGAAUGAUUCUUUCUGCACUUCUGACCUCUGUUGGAAUAAACGUUGCCCUUUGUCUUAUUUUUUUCAUCCUUUAUUCUGUACUAAGAAACCGGCCAAGCUAUGCCGAUUUCUAUAUACCACGCUUGGUUGCUGAAGGGAAAUUCCAAAGGGAAGAUGAAUUCAGCGUGGGAAAGUUACUAUCUUCUGUCAAAUGGGUGAAAAGAGCAUGGCAGCCCUCUGAAGAUGAGCUUUUGGCGAAUUCUGGAUUGGAUGCUGUUGUGUUCAUGAGAAUUUUUACAUUCGGACUGAGAGUAUUUAGAUUUGCGGGCAUUGUUGGAAUUUGUGUUCUUCUCCCGUUCAAUUAUAUGGGGAAUCAGCUAAAUAUUGACUUUACUGACUUACCAAACAAGUCCUUGGAAUCAUUCAGUAUUUCAAAUGUUGAUGAUGGGUCAAACAGGUUAUGGAUACACUUUGCUGCUGUUUAUAUUUUCACAGCCGUUGUCUGCUAUCUUCUUUACUAUGAAUAUGACUAUAUUGCAUCCAAACGGAUUGCUUACUUCUAUUCUUCAAAACCUCGGCCAGGCCAGUUCACUGUUUUAUUCACUUUUUUAGUUCGAAGCAUCCCUGCCACUUCUGGGAGGAGCUUCAGUGAGAGCGUUGAGAGCUUUUUCAGUGAAUACUACCCGUCUACCUAUCUUUCCCACUCUGUGGUUCGUCGGACAAGCAAACUUAAAGGGCUCAUGAAUGAGGCGGACAAGGUGUAUAAAAGGCUUGUACACGUAAAAUCAAAAAAGCAUCCUCAACAAAGAUUCAAGCGUGCUGGCUUUAUGGGCCUUUUUGGACGCAAAGUUGACCUCCUAGAUCAUUAUGAGAAGAAGCUAGAAGAUGUGGAAGGUAAUGUCAGGACAGAACGAGCUUCUAUUUCUGGCAAGGAAGUUCCGGCUGCAUUUGUAUCUUUCAAGUCUCGAUUUAGUGCUGCGGUAGUGUCACACGUUCAACAAGGGGUUAAACCCACAGAAUGGCUUACUGAGCCAGCUCCUGAUCCCCAGGAUGUAUAUUGGCCAUUCUUUUCUGCGUCAUUUAUCAAAAGAUGGUUUUGCAACAUUGCUGUUAUUUUUGCAUGUAUUUUUGUAACUGUUCUGUUCCUUGUACCUGUUCUCUUAGUGCAAGGUCUUACUCAUUUGGAUCAGUUGGAGGUUUGGUUACCUUUUCUGAGAGGCAUAUUAAAUCUGAAAAUCGUUAGCCAAGUAAUUACAGGAUAUUUUCCAAGUCUCAUACUUGAGAUGUUUUUAUCUUUAGUGCCACCCGUCAUGAUUGUGCUUUCCUCCAUACAAGGCUACAUUGCCCUUAGUCAGAUUGAGAAAAGUGCAUGUAUCAAAGUGUUGUGGUUCACCAUAUGGAACAUCUUCUUUGCAAAUGUACUCUCAGGAUCAGCACUGUAUAGGGUUGAUGUCUUUCUUGAGCCCAAAAGAAUUCCUGAACUAUUGGCGGUGGCAGUUCCUGGACAGGCUUCAUUUUUCAUUGCAUAUGUUGUAACAUCUGGAUGGACCAAAACGUUUUCUUCAGAACUUUUUCGGCUAAAGCGGCUCUUUUGGAGUUUUCUUAAAGGAACAUUGUGUUGGAAAUCUGAUGAGGAACUUGAGGUCCCGUCUAAUCCUUAUCACAGUGAAAUUCCCAGGAUUCUAUUUUUCAGCCUUCUUGGUAUAACAUACUUCUUCCUCGCACCCCUGAUUUUGCCAUUCCUCUUGGUUUACUAUUGCCUUGGUUAUGUCAUCUACCGCAACCAGCUAUUAAAUGUUUAUGCACCCAAGUUUGAAACUGGUGGAAAGUUUUGGCCCGUAGUGCACGAUGCAACAAUAUUUUCUUUAAUAUUGAUGCAUGUUAUUGCCAUUGGUAUAUUCGGUCUGAAGAAAGUUCCACUGGCUUCCAGCUUAACAAUUCCUCUUCCAAUUCUCACCCUCAUUUUCAACAGUUAUUGCCGGAGACGAUUUUUACCUAGUUUCAAAAGUUACCCUGCUGAGUGCUUAAUAAACAAGGAUAGAUUUGAUCAAAGUGAUCCCAGUAUAUCUUCUUUCUACGAUGAACUCGCCACUGCGUAUCGUGAUCCUGCAAUGAAAUCAGGCAGAUAUUCUGAAGCCAGGGAAAGUAGCAGCUCCCCUCUUCUGUAUGGUGCUCAUAGGUGAAGUUGGACGGAAUUCCUGUUAAGUUUCAAAUGGUAGCUAGAACGGCUGAAGGACAAGUAGAAACUGGUGUAUAUACUGAAUUCAUCUCUUUCGAAAUAGUUUUUGGUUCGUGCACUUUAGAAAAUACAUUUUUCCAUGUCUAUUUUGUUGUUCCCGGUCGACGUCCACAGUAAAAAAUUGUGGUUCAACCCUUCUCUUUAAUCUCCCUGCUCUCCCAGGAAGGAUUUGAUUGGACUGUAAACAUUACAAAAACAGGUUUGUAUACACAAGCUUAUAGUAAGUUGUAUGGAAUUCGAUUUAUUCACAGGCCUACACCUAA